AUGCAAUUACCUGCUGAUCUGAAGAUAGUUUUGGUUGGGAAGUCUGGAGCAGGGAAAAGUGCAACAGGAAACACCAUCUUGGGGACAAGGGUGUUUAAAGCGGAGGCUUCUCCAGUGCCUGUAACUACAAAGAGUGAGAAACAGAGUGGAGAGGUGUAUGGGAAGCAUAUUGAGGUGGUUGACAGUCCAGGAAUCUGUGACAUAUUAUUGAAAGAAUCCCAUGUCCUUAUAAAAUUGAUGAACAAGAAAGGGGGAAAAGAGAGAAAGGAAAUAGAGAGAUGCAUCAAGAUGUCAGUCCCAGGACCCCAUGUGUUCCUGCUGGUGAUCAGACUGGAGAGAUACACAGAGGAGCAAAGAAAAGCAGUGAAGUACAUCCAGGAACACUUUGGAAAAGGGGCCUCACACUUCACUAUAGUAUUAUUCACUGGUGCAGAUCAGCUGGAGGGAAAACCAGUAGAGGAGUUUCUGAAAGAGUGUCAGGAGCUUCAGAAACUGGUCAGAGUCUGUGGAGGCAGAUAUCAUGUCUUUAACAAUAAAGAGCAGAGAGACCGUACCCAGGUCAGAGAGCUGCUGAGGAAGAUAGAGGAGAUGGUGGAGAAGAAUGGAGGAAAACACUACACCAAUGAGAUGUAUGAGAAGGCUCAGAAAGAAAUCAGGAACAGACAGUUGUUAAAGUUGGGUAAACAAGCAGCUAUAGGAGUUAUAGGAGUUGGCUGCACAACUACAGGAGUAGGACUAGGUUUUCUUGCAAUCCCUGCCGUUGCAGGGCCACUGAUAGGGGUAGGAGCAGCAACAGCUAUAGUAGCAGCUAUAGGAGGAGGAAUAACACAUGUUAUGAAUAAGAGAUUGGAGGAGAGAGGGGAGAUGGAAGUAGAGACGAGAAAACUGAGCAGGAAAAGGCAGUAG